AUGGCUCCUCGCGCUCCUCUGACCCUCGUGACCCUCGUGACCCUCGUGACCCUCGUGGUCCUCAGCGUCCAGGAGAAGGUGUUUGUCCAGAGGGCGGGUCAGGCCUUCAACAGCCGCAGCUUCAGCUCCGUCCUCACCGUCGCCAACGGGGAGCAGUUUGGAGACUGGACGUGGCCCGAGAUGUGUCCAGAGAACUUCUUCGCGGUCGGCUUCAGCGUCAGGGUGGAGCCAAACCAGUACGGCUCUGACGAUACGGCUCUCAACGGGAUCCGGCUCAUCUGUGCCCAAGACGAGAGCCGCAGCUUCCUGUACACGGUGGAGUCGCACACGGGAUAUUUCGGGGACUGGUCGGCUCCUCAGUACUGUCCGUCCGGGGUCCUGAUCUCGUUCCAGCUGCGCGUGGAGCCUCACCAGGGAACGUUCGGGGACGACACCGCCGCCAACAACGUGCGGUUCCGCUGCAGCAGCAACCCGACGCUGGAGGGCGCGGGCAUGACCUGGGGCGAGUACGGCCACUGGAGCCGCUCCUGCACCGAGGGCGGCAUCUGCGGCAUCGAGACCAAGAUGGAGGAGUACCAGGGCGGGCUGGACGACUCCACGCUCAACGACGUGCGCUUCCACUGCUGCGCCAAGAACCCACAGUGAGAAACGAACCAGAGAGAGAAGACUGAACACGCUCCUGAACACGAUCUGCUCCUGAC